AUGUCAGGACUUCAACCAGAACAAUUUUUUUAUGCUGCCGCAGCAGUUCACCUUGCACCCCGAUCUCGUAUAAUGCCAUGGUCUCCAUUUCUACGAUUUCCGAAUGUUUUUGGACCUUCACUUUUUACAAACUGCCACCGGUUUGAGACUUCAUCCAACGUUGAUCAUUCUAUAAGCAGCUCCCAAUUAUCAAACCUUACUUCAAUGGAAGCAGCACCGGGUACACACAGUGAAGAUUCAAAUGAUGAUAGAGGCUCAAAUCUAGAUGAUGAUGACGAAAGCAACUCAUCGAAAAGACGAAGAUCAAGAACAAAUUUCAAUUCAUGGCAGUUGGAAGAAUUGGAGGCAACCUUUAGUGCUUGCCAUUAUCCAGAUGUUUUAGUUCGUGAAUCUCUUGCAAUGCGCCUGGAUUUGAAGGAGAGUCGAAUAGCGGUAUGGUUUCAAAAUAGACGAGCUAAGCUUAGGAAGAAAGAAAACACAAAAAAGGGACCUGGAAGACCAGCACACAAUUCUCAUCCAAAGUCAUGUUCAGGUGAACCAAUUCCGGUGAAUGAACUAAAGCAAAAGGAGAGAGCGAGGAAAAAGAAAAAACUCAUGAAAGCGAUAGAGAGGCAAGCAAAGAAAUUGAAAGCGAAGGGAAUUUCUAUUGAUUUUGAUACAUUGAAAGCUGAUUACAUAGCUCAACAUCGUGGACAAAAUUACAACACUUCGGAAAGUGAAGACGAUGAAGAAGAUCCAAUUGAUGUUGUUGGAGAUAUUGAUGAUAAGCUUACAAGCAGCAAUCAAACUCUAAAUAAAAAUACUCGUGACGAUGAAAACAACGAAAACAACGUAAUUAAAACACCGCAAAUUCAACCUUUCAGUAUAGAUUAUUUAUUGCUUAAGGAUUCGUGA